AUGCGAUGGGAGACUAUUCAAACUGUCAAGGGAACAGCACCGUGUAAGCGAUAUGGACAUACAGCCACUCUCUGGGAUAAUUACAUCAUUGUCUUUGGUGGAUGCAACGAAUUUCAGGAAUAUUGCAAUGAUAUCCAUGUGUAUGAUAUACAGAAACAGACUUGGUUUCAACCAGAUAUAAAUGGCAUCGUACCUGCACGCUACUUGCAUAGUGCGUCCGUGUACGACAACAAACUAUUUAUUUAUGGUGGAUUUGCAAAGAAUUCAGAUUGUACCUAUGUGCUAGACGAAUUAAGCGUACUGGAUUUAAGGACUUUUACCUGGACAAAAUAUCACGGCGUACCACCACGAUACAACCAUUCUGCCACACUGGUGGGGCACAAGAUGUACAUUUAUGCCGGUAAAGACGAGCACGGGAACACCAUUUCUGAUCUGUACGUUGUCAACCUCAAUACGCCACCUUACACACCGCAUCUGGUGUUGGGCGGGAAUACCAGUAUGGUCCUACUAAAAAGUCAGCAUUUCUGUGAAGCCGUUUGUGGAAAAUUACUUGUGUUUGGCAGAUAUCUCACCAACAAUGUGGAUUCCAUGUACGGUCUCUGGAUGCUGGAUUUGGAUACCCUCGAAUGGACAAGGCAGGAAUGUAACGCUCAUUUCGAAAUUGGGGGCUGGAAUUAUUUUACAAUCAUGUCCGAAAAUAACACACAUCAUACUAUGGACGACGGACAAGUCUCUCUCAACAAUCUCUUUUUCCUAGGCAACACAGAUCCCUUUCGUCCGCAAGGAUAUGACCACUUUCGUGACGCUUUGGUGAUCAAUGGUGAGUCUUUGGGGCUGUACGAUAUACCCCAGCCACUCCAGGUCUCCUGCGAAUUCUCUCGUCUGCUAAACAAUCCCGAAUUAUCUGAUUUUGUCAUUGUACCCGAGGGUGGUCAGGAAUUUCAUGUACAUCAAGUGAUACUUAUAACGCGCUGGCCGCAUUUUCGAAACAUUUAUAAAUCAGGCAUGAUCGAAAGUCGGCAGCGACGUAUGGAAAUUCCAGAGCCUUACAACGUCGUACUUUCCUUUCUAAAGUAUCUAUACAAUGAUCGGUUGGAUGUGGAUGAGCCCUGUGAAAUCAUUUGUGAAGUGCUGGUGUUGGCCAAUAUGUAUUUACUGUCACGGCUAAAAAAGAUCUGUUGUGAGAGGCUCUACAGACAUCACCUCUCCAUCAACACAUGUGGUCUCAUCUUUGAAAAGGCCAUCAUGGCAGAGGAAGUAGGUCUCAAGUUACUCACACUGGAUUACAUGUUCCGGAAUUAUGGUCAGGUCCUCAAAUCAAAUAUCGUGUCGGAUAUGUCGGCUUCAAUACGGAAAGAGUUUUUAGACGCUGUACCAGAAGACGCCAUGCUCAAUGUAAAUAACCAUCUAGUGACGGUUCAGACAGGUAAACAGACUACCAAUGCCUUUGUCACCACCAAGAUACAGCCUUAUACUUCCACUCCUUUAUACAACUACUCUAAUAACAAUGCUAACGAUUUAAAUACCACGCCAACCACCACUUCUACUUCCACUACCACCGUAGUCUAA